AUGGAGGCCCCACUGGUGAGUUUGGAUGAAGAGUUUGAGGACCUUCGGCCCAGCUGCUCCGAGGACCCGGAGGAGAAGCCACAGUGUUUCUAUGGCUCGUCCCCCCACCACCUAGAGGACCCCUCCCUCUCUGAGCUUGAGAAUUUUUCAUCUGAAAUAAUCAGCUUCAAGUCCAUGGAGGACCUCGUGAAUGAAUUUGAUGAGAAGCUCAAUGUCUGCUUUCGGAACUACAACGCCAAGACGGAGAACCUAGCUCCCGUGAAGAACCAGUUACAGAUCCAAGAGGAGGAGGAGACCCUUCAAGAUGAGGAGUAA